AUGCUAGAUAACAGUUUAGACUUAUCUAAAGUUAAAAGAUUAAAAUGUUCAGUUUUCAGCAAUACCUUAUGGAAAAGAGAUAAACUUAAAGACCAUUUGAAACAUCAUGAUCGUGCAGCUAGGAAUUUUGAGUGUCAACAGUGUCAGCAACCUUUUGUUCAAAAGUCUGAUCUUAACAGACAUAUUCGUGGAGUACAUCAAGGUGAACCAGGGGUUGGGAUAAAUAUGGCAGUAAAACGGAAAGCACCAGGCUCUGCGCCAUUGCGUUUAUCUAAGCGAAAAUCAAAGUCAACAACUGAUAGUUCUGAGUCUAACAAUAAUGAGACUAAAGUGGCAAUGUCAUCAGUGGAAAAUUCACAUAAUAUUCCCACCAAUAUGGCUAUAAAUAGAUCACAUAAUGGAAAAACUGUUAGUGGUGUACGAAAAAAUGAUAGUACGGAAUCCGAUAUCAAAAUAAAUAAUCAAAUAGCAUCGAUCACUAGUGCAACCACUGUGUUUACUCCAGUCUCAAUGAUUGCAACCACAACGUCGGCAUCAUCUGCAGUUAAUUUCACCCCUCUAACUGUUUCACUAACACCUACUGGUAUGACUCAAACAACUCAUCCGAUUUUUGCAGCUAAUGCUUCUGGUCUAAUGUUUCCUACAAUGACUGCUCAUCAUCAUCAUCUUGUUCAACAACAACAAGCAGCGACUGGAACUGUCAUGUUACCAAGUGUCAGUGUAGCUUCCGUAGCAGCAAUGCAUCCAUCAGGAAUUGCUUUACAACAGCAACAACAUCAACAGUUUUUUGCCAUGGCUGCUAUGCCAGCUCUUGCUCAAUCAAUCACGGUCACACAAUCAUCUAAUGGUGUUCAACAAGGUACUAAUGUUCAACCUACACAGACUUCAAUUCAUUUUCAACCUGAAUUAAAAACAGUAGCCACACCUUCAGGUCCUAUGAUGGUAUUGACUCAUAUAGCUACCCCAAAUCAGUCCGGUCAAGCUCAUCCAUUGACUAGUCAAACGAUUUUCCCUCAAGUUGUUGGAUUUCAUGCCACUGCAGCUCAACAACAACAACAACAGCAACACCAACUUCAACAAUUACAACAACAACAAGCAGCAGUUGUUCAACAUCAACAACUUUUACAACAGCAGCAGCAACAACAGGCUAACUAUGCAGUGGCAGCUGCUGCGGCUGCCGCUGCCGCCGGUACACAUUUAGUUGCAGUCUCUAAUCAUGGUAAUUGUAAUCAAUCAACUGUCAAUCAAACACAACAAUUCCAAAUACAACAACAACAACAACAGGCUGUGGCUUUGGCAGCCCAUCAACAAGCAGCGCAUGGUUUUAUUUUCCCUGCUGCUGGGGUUAGUGGUAAUGUUAACUCGGCAGGUACUGUUGCAACACCAUCUGGUCCAACUACAUUCUUUUGUCAUCCACAAGAAGGAAUGGCUGCUGGUUUGUUUCUGGCUUCUUCAACUGAUCCAACUAGUUUUGCAUUAGCAGCUGCUGCUCAAGCGCAAGCACAAGCAGCUGCAGCAGCUGUUGCUGUUGUCCAACAACAACAGCAGCAGAGUAACGUUAAUGCUGUUAAUGCUCAGAACAAUUCUUCGAUUGCUGCUACACAAUUACAACUAGUAACAGGUUAUUCACAGGUGGCGGCUGAUGCUCAACAAACUGUUGCACAACAACAAUUACAACAUCAACAGCUAUUGUUACAACAGCAACAACAUCAACAGAGAUUAGCAGCAGUGGCAGCUGUAGCAGGAGUUUCGCAAACUUCAUCAAUUGCCAAUCCACAUUCUGGGGUGUUGAUGUCGUCGAACACCACCGGUAGUAUUAUCAAUGCUGCGAGUGCUGCUACUGCUGCUGGUGGUAGUGGUACACCAGCCACCUCUGUAAUUGUUAAUUCAGUUCAAGAGGAACAACUCAGUCGGGUUCAGCAAUCCGCUCAUUUUUUAAUUGGACAACAAGAAACAACAGGAACUAAUAGAACAGUGAAUAAUUAUCAACUGGCUGCAUUUACAAAUGCUGCAGCUGCAGCAUUAUAUCAACAACAACAGCAUCCAGGUUUCAUGCUUGCAGCGGCUGGAAAUACUGGCGUCACUAAUACUAAUGCAGCAAUUGUUUCCAGAGGAACAACAGCAACUGUAGCAGCUAUGGCUUUACAUCAUCAGCAACAACAAGCAGGUCUUAUGGCGGCUGCAGCUUACCAUCAUCAACAACAAGUAGCUCAACAUCAGGCUUUACAACAACAACAGCAACAUUAGUAAUAGUAGUGAUGAUGAGUUCAAAUGAAAAAAAAAGCUUAUAACAUUUUGACAUACUCAUGAAGUUAGUCAUCUAUGUAUGUAUAUUGUAUUUAACUAACUAUUAUUAUUGUAAUUUAUUCAAAUGUACUUUCUUGUUUUGUUUUUUUAUUAAAUUAAUAAUUUUCUCGUAUUUAUUGGAUUGCAUUUGUCAGUUAUUAUUAUUAUUUUUCAUUAUUAUUAUUUCAUAAACUCUUGUAGUAAAGAGAUAUGUUGGUUGGUGAUUUAUUUUUCAUUUUCACCUAAUAUCCUUCAUAUAUAUAUAUAUAUAACGAUCUAAUCUGAUAUUCACCGUUGUACUAUUUCCUCCUUUUUGUAUAAUUUUCUCUUGAACUUAUUUUCACAGUUUCUUGUAUAUAAAUAUGUAUGUUUCUGCGUAUACUCUAGACGUAGACUACACCCUAAUAAGUAAUCUUGUGACUGGUAAUGGUUUUUGUUUAUGAUAAUAAUAUUAGUUGGUGUGGUUUUUUAGAAUAUUUAUAUUCGUCUACGUGGUUGCCAAUAUAAAACACGUUUGACUACUAUUAAUAUUAAUCUAGCACACCACUAUGUAAUUGUUUGUUUGUUUGAGACACUACCCUACUUAUUUCCUUUUCUACAACUUUUCUAUCUAUUGCAAUUGUUGUCGUUAUGUACCACCUUUUAAAUAAGAAUCACUAAUAAUGUUUACUACAGUAAAUAAAAUACCUUUCUACUUUGGUUUUCUUUUCUUUUUUUGAUACUGAUGGUUAUCCUACGAACAGUUUCAGUGAUUAUUAUUAUUAUUAUUAUUGUCGCUAUUAUUCACUAUUUGUACAUGAUUUUAUUCAAUCUAAUGCUUUGAUUGAUAGCAAACGGUCAGUUUUUUUCUUCAAAAACAUCUUGUUAUUAUGCUUUUUUAGAUUUGUAAAUCUUUUAUCUUCCUAUCCGCCUUAUUAUACUUUUUUACGCCUAUCUUAUAUGACCAAUAUCAUUCAGCGUGUUUCCUUAUCCGUCUAGUGAUGGUGAGCGGGUUAACCUGGAUAUUUGUGAUCGCGUUGUAUAUUCUGAGUUUGAGCAGUAUUCUCUUAGUCUAGAUUUUUGUAUUAUUCAAUUUUCUGUCUUUUCCAUAAUUGUUUUGUAUUUGUCUUUCUGUCUCCCUCUUUCAUGUGUAUAUAUAUGUUCAAUUUCUUGACGUUUUCCUCAAAAGAAGUGCAAAAAUAGUAUUAAAUAAUGCAUAGCAAACUAUAUUCUACAAGAUGACAUCCAUUUUUUGAGGAGCUUGUAAAGAAAAUUCAUAAACGUAUCGUUCUAUGUUCCAUAAAACAUUUGCUAGCCAGACAGGUUUGUGUGCAUGUUAUGCUGUUGCAUUUUUCUUUCUUGCUUUCUUUUUUCACCAUUAUUAUGCAUUGUAUUUCAUCUAAUUUAUAGAAUCAAUAAUAAUGAUAAUAAAUGUUUCCCUUUAAAUGGUUAAUGUUCUAUUGCUUGUCUGAACCUUAUCUAGUCUUUACACUUGAUUUGCAUGCAUCUAUCUGUGCGUUAAUUGAUGUGUUUCUAUGUCAGUCCUCAGCGAAUAGAACAAUUUGUUUUCUUCUGUCGUGUGUCCUCAUCUUAUUUUGUUUUGUUUUUAAAACAAUUUGUAAAUGCAUAACAUAUAAUUAGGGAUUGUGAAAAAUUAAUAUUAUGUAUUUGUUAUCAUUAUUGUGAGUAAUUAUUGCCUUAUUUUCUACAAAUGUUGGUAUUUUGUUUCUUCUCAUGUUUUCUUUUGUUUCAAUAACGAUUAUGAUGAUCGGCAUGCGUCUAUUAAUGUAUAUAUACAUGACUAUAUGAGACAAUACAUCUACGUAUAUAUUCUUUUUUUAUUAAUUACCCUGUGUUAGUAUUGUUAUUGGGUUUUGCAUUGCAGACGAUUGUUCAUAUCAAAAACCAAUUCUAGGUAGACAAUAAUUAAAAACCAGAAAUCACUGAACUUCUCUUUUGUCCUAGUAUGGGAUUCCGUGAUAGUGGGUAUCCACAAUCCCUCCUGCGAGAAUCAGGCCCAGGACCUUGAAGUAUCACAAGGAGUACCCAACCUUUAGACCACUACCGAACCGAGAUCUAUUAGUUUAAAUAGUAGAACGAACAACUACUUGGUCCUUGG